UAAUCUGCUCGAUUUCGCGGUGUAAGCGCGUGUCGGUGUCGUUCAGAUGUUUUAAUGGCUCGUCUCAGUUUCAUUAGGUUCUGUGCAAUGCUAACGGUUUGAAUCUGUUCGCAUACAUCCACCAUGUAUGCUUAAACCAUCACAUAUUCGCCGUGUUCAGAGUAUCUUACACUUUAACCACUCAAAGCGACAAGUUACCCGUGGUUAUGUCUAAAUACACUUGUUAAUAUCAUCUAUAAACUAGUGCAAAUGGCGUGCUAACGAAGCUAACGCCUGUCAUCGCUUCCUUUUGUCUUCGGGAUAUUAUUAAUGUUGACCGGACAGAAGCAGAUGAACUAAUGACUGGAGCUUCACUACACAGCCGCAACAAAAGCAAACACGAGGACACAAACCCAGGACUGAGCUCCUCCGUCAGGAUCAUGGGAGAGAAUGGCCCUCUCACAGAGACAGCCAUGCUCUUUGAGGACGAGGAAGAGGAUGUGGACCGACUGGGCCAUGAGGAGGAAGAUGAGGACAAGAUGGCAGACUAUGACAAAGAUGAUGGCAUAAUCUCCGGACCCUCGUCCUCCUCGGGAAGGGUCUAUGAUCGCACCACUGUGCUCAUCGAGCAAGACCCCAUCCGCCUGGACGAGGAGGGUGAGGAGGAUGGCAUGGCCUUCCUGCCGGAGGGAGAGUGUGAGGGGGACGAGGGCUCUCUGUCCUUCAUGGGUGACCCGGAUGGCAUGUCGCAGGGAUACAUACACCACACCAUCUCACCAGACCAGAUACAGUUCAUCAUUAACCCUGGGUCCACCCCAAUGCCACGAAACAUCGAGGGCGCAACGCUGACGCUACACUCCGAGUGCCCCGAGACCAAGCAGAGAGAGGUGAAGCGAUAUCAGUGCAUGUUCGAGGGCUGCACGCGCACCUACAGCACGGCGGGAAACCUGCGCACGCAUCAGAAGACACACCGCGGUGAAUACACGUUUGUAUGCAACCAGCAGGGCUGCGGCAAAGCCUUCCUCACGUCCUACAGCCUGAAGAUCCACGUCCGUGUCCACACAAAAGAAAAGCCCUUUGAGUGUGACGUCCAGGGCUGUGAGAAAGCCUUCAACACACUCUACAGACUGAAAGCACACCAGAGGCUGCACACUGGGAAGACGUUUAACUGUGAAUCAGAGGGAUGCACCAAGUACUUCACCACACUCAGUGACCUGAGGAAGCACAUCCGCACACACACGGGGGAAAAACCAUUCCGUUGUGAUCAUGAUGGCUGUGGUAAGGCUUUCGCUGCUAGUCAUCACCUGAAAACACAUGUUCGGACACAUACUGGAGAGAAGCCGUUUUUCUGUCCGAGCGAUGGCUGUGAGAAGACCUUCAGCUCUCAGUACAGCCUGAAGAGUCACAUUCGGGGUCAUGAUAAAGGUCCAGCAUUCACCAUGAGCAGUCAUCCGCUGUCAGAGGAUGCGAAUCACUCUCUGUGCCUCAGUGAUUUGAGCCUCAUUUCCACAGACUCUGAGCUCCAGGAAAACCACAAUUCUCAGGGUUUGGAUCUGAACAGCGUCACCCCCAUACGAAUCUUUGAGCUGAUGUUCCAGAGUCCUGAGAACAGUGUCAGCCCGGACGACCCGAAGCCCACAGGCAAGAACUUUUAGAGCUCACUGUGUUCAAAAACAAUGGGUCAUUCCUGUUAUGUAGUACGGUUUGAAUAAGUGAACAAUCAUUUGUCAGUGUUUUUUGUAAUCUAUUGAAGUCUUUAUUUUAAUUAUUUUUGAGUAUACCAGACUUUCAGAGAUUUUCUCAGGCACUUAAAAUUUAUACUAUAACCAUGAUAGAAGCAUGUUAACUUGGAUUGGGCCGAUAAACGAUGGCUGACAGACAUCACAAUGUUAAGCCUUCAACUAUCACACAUUCAGAUGGAGCACUGGUAGCACAUAUGCACAAAUAUUUACACAUGAUGUUAGCCAUAAGAGGGAACGGUCCUUGGUUAGCUUUCCACCAAGUUAGUGGGUCUUCUUCUCCAUCAAUAGCCAUUUCGUGUAGGUAUAUCGACAUCUCUGCUUUACCUUUUUGAUCAGCUGUGAGCGUGGCUGCUGUAGCUGCUCUUUUCCCAAGAAGUCUGCCGAGUGAACUCUUUUUCUUCUUAGGCAGGGUGCCAGCUUCUGAUUCCUCUUCCUCUUCUCUCACUUGUGUGGGACUGGGUGUAAGACUCGGGUGUGUUGCUGCUGCCGCCAACAUCUCUGCUACCAGUUUUUGUAGCUCGAGUGGCUUCAUGUGAUCUCCUCUGUAUCUUGGGUCGAGCAAGGUUGCUUUGUGCAUCAUCCUCUGGGUGGCAUCAUGGCCAUAUUUGCCAUCCAUGUGCUCCAAGAUGAUGCGCUUCAGGUCGGCUGUGAGUUUGGCAUCCUGCUCUGAAUUCCAGGUGGGCUAACGUGGGCAGAAGUGAGGAAACAGUAACGUAGUUUUCUCCUGAAGGAAUAUCUGUAAACUCCGCUAUUGGCUUCAACCCGCUGGUAACCGCUUCCAGAACACUUAUGUCCUUCCAUGUAAGCUCUGGGAGCGUGCAGCAGAUUUUGUCCUGACCCUCUUGC